AUGCCGCCGAAGCGAAUGACGGCGAACCCCGUCCGGCCGGCGCGCCAUCGGCCUGGGAAGCCGGCCGGCGGAGUUGACUCGGAGUCAUCGAGCGAAGAAGAUUCCAGCGAGGAUGAGCAGGCUCCGGCUGCCACUCACGAUAAGAAGAAGCCCCAGGGGAGAGCGCCGCCGCCAAAGGCCAUUAGCGCAAAGGGAAUUUCGGGGGCGAUGAGGGGAGUCGACUUAAGCAAGACGGACGAGGCGGCUAGGAAAGAGAAGAAAGAGGAGCGGGAAGCCAUGGAGAGGAUGGCGGCCGACGCCGGAUUCAUCACGGAAAGCGAGGAGGAGGUGGCUGCGCCGAAACCCGCGAAACGAGACGAGGAAGAAGAGGAGGAGAGCGAAGAGGAAUCAAGUGAAGAAGAAGAAGAAUCGAGCGAGGAGGAAAGCGAAGAAGAGCGGCCACGACUGAUGCUGCGACCAAAGUUUAUCCCCAAGAGCCAACGCGGUAAAGGGGAAAAGACGGAGGCUGAAAAGGACGCGGAGGAGGAGGCGCGGAAAAAGGCCGAAGCCCACGAAUUAGUCGAAGAACAGAUCCAAAAGGACAUGGCGGCGCGAGCGGCAGGCAAGAACCACUGGGACGACGAUUCUGGUGCCGAGGGCGAGCAGAUUGACGUGGACGACACGGAUGACCUGGACCCCGCCGCCGAGCUGGCCGCGUUCCGGCUGAGGAAGCUGAAGCGGUACAAGCGGGACCGAGAAGCGAUGCUCGAGCGGGAAAGGGAGAUUGAGGAGCUCGAGAGGAGGCGGAACCUGACGGAGGAGGAGCGGCGGGCCGAGGACGACGCGAAGCUCGAAGCGCAGCGGGUCGAGAAGGAAGGGCGCGGAAAGCUGGGCUACAUGCAAAAGUACUUCCACGGGGCGCGUUUUACCGCGAGGAAGCGGCGGCGGCGGGGCUGGACAAGCGAGAUUUGGCGGGCGCGCGGUUCGCCGACGAGAUGGACCGGUCGACGCUGCCCGAGUAUAUGCAGCGGCGGGACAUGA